CGGCGACGCCCUGGUUGGCUGGCGUGGGGUGACGCAAAUGGCACAUGGGCCCGCUACCAUUGGCUGUGGCGCGGGCUCCGCCCCCUGGACUGCAGAGCCGGCGGAGGGCGCACGUCUUACGCAGCCGGCGGUAGCAGCGGCGUUGAGGAGCCUGGGCUUGUGGCGUCCGCGGGUGGGUGGGUCCCCAGCCUGGGAAAAGAUGGCCCCACGGGCCCCGAGGGGCCUAGCCCCAGCUCUGCUCUGGGGCCUGAGCCUCUUCCUUGGCCUCCCAGGACCGGUCUGGGUCCAGCUUUUCUCCGCCCCCAAGUCUUCUUCCCCCACUGAGCCCCAUCCAUGUCACACCUGCCGGGGACUGGUCGACAGUUUCAACAAGGGCCUGGAGAGAACCAUCCGGGAUAUUGGAGGUGGAAACACUGCCUGGGAGGAAGAGAAGUUGUCCAAAUACAAAGACAGUGAGACCCGCCUGGUAGAGGUUCUCGAGGGCGUGUGCAGCAAGUCGGACUUCGAGUGCCACCGCCUGCUGGAGCUGAGUGAGGAGCUGGUGGAGAGCUGGUGGUUUCACAAGUGAGUAGAAGCCCCAGACCUCUUCCAGUGGCUCUGCUCAGAUUCCCUGAAGCUCUGCUGCCCCUCAGGCACCUUUGGGCCCUCCUGCCUUCCCUGUCCUGGGGGGUGGUGGAGCGGCCCUGCGUUGGCUACGGGCAGUUGUGAAGGGGAAGGAACUCGAGGGGGCAGCGGGCACUGUGACUGCCAAGCCGGCUAUGGGGGUGAGGCCUGUGGCCAGUGUGGCCUCGGCUACUUUGAGGCGGAGCGCAAUGCCAGCCAUCUGGUAUGUUCGGCUUGUUUUGGCCCCUGUGCCCGCUGCUCAGGACCUGAGGAAUCAAAUUGUUUACAGUGCAAGAAGGGCUGGGCCCUGCAUCACCUCAAGUGUGUAGACAUUGAUGAGUGUGGCACAGAGCGAGCCAGCUGUGGAGCCGACCAGUUCUGCGUGAACACGGAGGGCUCCUAUGAGUGCCGAGACUGUGCCAAGGCCUGCCUGGGCUGCAUGGGGGCAGGGCCUGGCCGCUAGAAGUGUAGCCCUGGCUACCAGCAGGUGGGCUCCAAGUGUCUCGACGUGGACGAGUGUGAGAGCGUGUGUCCAGGAGAGAACGAGCAAUGCGAGAACACCGAGGGCAGUUACCGCUGUGUCUGUGCCGAGGGCUACAAACAGAUUGAGGGCAUCCUUGUGAAGGAGCAGAUCCCAGAGUCAGCAGGCUUCUUCUCGGAGAUGACAGAGGACGAGCUGGUGGUGCUGCAGCAGAUGUUCUUCGGUGUCAUCAUCUGUGCACUGGCCACGCUGGCCGCCAAGGGUGACUUGGUCUUCACCGCCAUCUUCAUUGGGGCUGUGGCAGCCAUGACCGGCUACUGGUUGUCAGAGCGCAGUGACCGUGUGCUGGAGGGCUUCAUCAAGGGCAGAUAAUCCCUGCCACACCUGCAGCAUCUCCUCCUGC